ACCUCAAAAUUCAAAUGAAACAUAUAUUAUCAGCCACCAACAACUUUGAUUCUACAAAGGUGAUCGGGGGUGGGGGGUUCGGACAGGUCUACAAAGGAGAAGUAUCUCUCCCAGAGGGACCAAUCAUGGUCGCUUUUAAGAAAUUAGAUCGUAGACUUGGUCAAGGGAAUACUGAGUUUUGGAAAGAGGUAAUGAUGCUUUCAAAAUACAAACAUGAAAACUUGAUAUCUCUCAUGCACUAUUGCAUUGAGGGCGAUGACAUGAUCCUAGGAUACGAGUAUGCUUCUCGUGGAAGCCUGGAUCGCUAUCUAAGUGAUGCAAGUCUCACUUGGACCCGUCGCUUAAAUAUAUGUAUUGGGGCUGCACGUGGUCUAAAUUACCUACAUGAUCCGAGGGGGGCACAACAAAGAGUUCUCCAUCGAGAUAUUAAAAGUGGAAACAUCCUUCUUAAUGAAAAGUGGGUUGCAAAAGUUUCUGAUUUUGGGCUAUCAAAAGCUGGCCCAGCUAACCAAGCUCAAACGGUUCUUGUUUCCAAUGCUGUUGGUACGCCCGGGUAUUGUGAUCCCUUGUACUGGGAGAUGGGUUUCCUAUCAAAGGAAUCUGAUGUGUACUCUUUUGGAGUCGUGUUGUUUGAAAUUUUGUGUGGGAGAUUAUGUUGUGAGUAUAACAAGGGUCAGCUAACUAACAUUUUUGUUCCCAAGUGGAGACGAUGCUACGAAGAAAAGACCUUAGAUGAGAUAAUCUUUCCCAGUCUAAAAGAACAAAUGGAUCCUGCUUCAUUGAAUGCUUUUUCAAGCAUUGCUUAUCAGUGUGUGAAGAAAGCUAAUCGAGAAGAGAGGCCAAUGAUGGCUGAGGUUGUGAAAGAACUUGAGUUUGCGCUUCGAUUACAAGUUGCAGCAGAUUCAGUACCUCAGUUGAUCAUUAAUGGCUAUAAGAACUUACUAUCUUUGGCUGUAACUACUAAGUAUUCAUUCAAACAUGCUGAAAGAGUUAAAGGAAUAUUUGAAGGCCUCUGAGCAAAUUUGAAGUGCACCUGCAGUGGCUGCGGAAAAGAGGAAGAACCAUAAGAAGAAUGAAGGAGCAGAAGAAGGAAGAACCAGAAGAAGAACAAGAAUCAUAGUCUAAUGGGGUUGUUUGAUUGAUUUUAAUGCUAGGAUUGUUUGGUAUCCAUCUAUGUCUGCUAGUUGUUUCUAUCAAAUUUGGAGCUUGCAUGGAGUUUCAUAUAAACGAUUCGCAGGUUUUCUAUAUGAUUAUAUUGUAGUUAUCGUCAAUGUAUCUCAAAAUGUCGAGGC